ACAAGUAGACAAACAUUUCUGGGAUCGCAACUUUCGGGAGGCUAUCGACUACUAUCGCUGUGCUCAUACUUUGCUAGAACAACCGGGCGUUGCGAGUUGCCAUCCCGGUUAGCUUUUUGUUGUGUAUGACCAAUUGGCGUGGUGCUGCUUGAACCUCUGCAAUAUGGCGGCAGCCUGUUCAUCAUGGGAAAAGGCGAGAACGUACCUCACGAUAGCGCGGGACUACGCUGGGCAAAGUUUGGACCACGUCGGUAAUCAACGGGUGGAUUUCUGCAGGGCACGGAUGACAUACAUUGCUUUGGACAUCAUGGGAACUGAGCUGGAAAGCCCGAGUUUUCGUCUAAGUAAUGUAUCUGUAACGAGAUUUGCUAACGAGAUGAGGUCGCUAGAGGAGGAGUUGGCGAGUUUACGGGUACAAGGAUACGACGUUGAGGAUCUCCUUGCUGGACUCAGAGUGCUCAAGAGGGCAAAGCGAUCGUCAUCUUAGUAUUAUGUUGUUUCUAUGCAUUAGUUCCUACAGCAGCCAUCUAGGUAGUCAUUCAAGUUACAGGCAGUGAAAUAUAUUUUCU